AUGUCAUCCAACCACCCAGACAAGAGCCAUCCAACUCCAGCAAAGAAAGAUGAUCAACCCACUACCACAACAGCAACAACAGCAGCAACAACGUCAAACACAAAUAAUGGCCAACAACCUUCUCUACUAUCCCGAAUACAGAACUCUGCUUCUACCCUAAUACAGGAUACACUCACGAAACCAAGCGGCGCAAUUCUGUCCGGUGAUCUUGCGCAUGUUUUGGAUAGUGGAAAUAAAGCUUCUUCUUCUGCUUCUUUUUCGGGGGGAACAUAUUCAGGGCAGACGCGGAGUACCGACGGAUUCGGAGGCGGGAACUCCUCGGCGGGKGGUCAUCAGGAUGGUGGACAUACCACUGGCUUAGUACACGAAGGAUUCCGCUCCUCGCAACCAAAUAGCCAUGACGUCUCAGAAAUUGACUCCUUUGAGAACAGCGGAGACUUCUUCAACUCCUCUGAUAAUUAUUUCAUCCGGCGUGAGGAUGAAGCAGAAGGUAAGGGAAAGGGCAAGAGCAGAGAACAUGCCCUCUACGACAACCACAAUUUCAGCCAUGACCAAAACAUCGACAUAGAAGACGAAUAUGAAUCAUCCCACUUCAACGCGUACGAAAUAGCAUGGAUAAACGCUUCUCGCUCGGGGACGGUGUAUAGAUCUACAUCUACUGAAUCUACGCCGAGUAAACGCUCAUCUCAAUCACAAUCCGACUUCAAUGAUUUUACAGCACAAUCCCAGACACAGUAUGAAAACGAACAUGAUGGCGCGGAAGUGGUCAUGAUGCUAUCAGAUCCAUCCUUUCAACCGGGUCUCGUCACAUGGGACGAUGACGAGAACGAGCACUACGACAGAACGGAUAACGGGCUUGGAUUUGAUCUCGACGACAACGACCCGCUAGACAGCGAAGGAUUUCCUCAUGCUCUAGCGCGAGGUCUUUCACCUGCCGAAAUGCAGAUUCUCGAUUCAUUCCGAAAACAACAACCAGAGCAGCUUCAGCAAAAGAAAAUCACGGCAUUAAGUCUCGUGCCAGAUAUAGACUCCUUUUUCUCGGAGCACGAUACCAGCACUAUCAACGCAAAUAAUGACGCGCUACGGAACGAGGUUAUUGCGAAUUUGAUCGGGGCGGAGGAAUGGUUUAAUGUCGACGAGCGAUACGGCGAUGAGGUAUGGGGGUAUCUAAGGCCGGCGGUGGAAGCUGCAGCUACCGAAAUUAAGGAAAAAGAAGUGCACAAAGAUGGUGAAGGCGGGGAUGGAGACGGGCCAGCAGUGAAAAGGUUGAAGAUGAUUUUGAGGCAUAUGGCUCGUUUAUAG